AUGUCACAGGGAGGCGCCCAGACCGUGGAGGCGCCAGAUGCAGGACUUCUGCUGCUCCUGUCGACCAACACUGCCACUUUCGGGCUUUCCAAGCACCUCCUGAUCCCCCUUUUCGUGAAAAUCCGCUCCCUAGAAACAACCCACAAGUUCAAACCCGCCUCCAGCUCCGCAAAAUACAAAAACCCGGACCUCUUCCAGGUGCUUUCCAAGAUCCUGGCAAGCUCAGACUUGUUUGUGAAAGUGGAGGUGCUCGAUGGAAACAACAAUCGCAUAAUUCCUCCAGUCCAGACGCCGUAUAGGCAGUUUCUGGGUAAUAGGCGGAUCUGGGAUGCUGUGAUGAAGCUCCCGAUUCUCUACAGCCAGCUCGACUACAGCGCAUACUUGAGAUUUGAGCUUUUUGAGAUUGUCCAGACAAAACCGGUCCACUUUGCGGAAGGUAGACUCUCUUUGUUUAACCAUGAAAACGGGUCCCUCAGGAAGGGCACCUACAAGGUUCCGAUUAACAAGGAUUCUCCCGCUGUCAACUAUAAAACCGAAUUUUGCACCACACCGCUCGAAGAUAGAAUGAUCAAUUACGAAAACGGCGCUCUCAAGAAGGAACCAUGGCUAGAUUCUCUCCUGCUUCCGAUUGCAGAAAAGCUCAAACAGCAGGAAACGUGUCCCGGCGACGCACCAUACCAUCUUUUCGUGGAGCUUCCGAACUUCUCCCUUCCAAUUGUAUUCCUGGACAUCACCUAUGAGCUUCCUACCAUGGAAAUGCUACCCCAGGCUGAUUUUGACAAGACGCAAUUGGGUACCGAGAACGCAGGUGCCAUGGUUCUCACGUCUGUGGACUUGACGCCACGGAAAUUAUACGACCCUGACUUUGAUUUUCUGACUCUCCACAAUUUCAACACUACUGGCGAGGCCUCGGUUCCUGGAAGUGCUGGAGUCCCUGGGCAAUCAGGAGGAAGCAUGACUCGCAGAGCACCACUUGAUCCAAUUGAGAAAAAAUUCAACAUUCUCUCCACCAGCGUCAACAACAACUCCUUGCUAGAUAAGGAGGUCAAGCCGUCACCGCAGGACCGUGACGAGUUGGGCAAGAUCUUGAGAAAACCACUGAGCGCCAUUUUGGCCGAUAACGAGAAACGCAUUCUUUGGAAGUACAGGUACUACUUCUCAAAAAAUCUGGGCGACGAAUCGCAAAUAUCAGGUCCCCUACAGAGUCAGCGCCAGUUCUUGACCAAAUUCUUCAAAUGCUUCAACUGGGAAAACGAGCAGGAGCUUGACCAUGCAAUGAAGGAGAUUUUGCCAUACUGGAGCGUUGAAAAGAUCGAUAUGGGCGACGCUCUAGAGCUUCUCAGCAACCAGUUCAAUCCUCAUAACCUUACAGCGGCUCUUAGACGUCGUUUGGUUGACACCUCUGGAACCAGCAGGGAUAUCAACACAGCAGAGGAGCAAAAAAUCGAAAAGAUUUUUAAAUCGGCCAUGAAACUACGUGAGUUUGCAGUGGACAGACUCAAAUUGGCCUCAGCAGAUGAGCUUUUGUUGUACCUUCUCCAACUCGUUCAGGCACUCAAGUACGAGGUCAUUGAAGAAAACCCUAAUUUGGAGAAGGCACCGCUAGCCAAAUUUUUGCUCCAACGGUCAGUGGAAAAUGGUAUUCUCGGAAACUUCUUUUACUGGUAUGUGAAGGUUGAAAAUGAGGACCAGCUCAAUGGGGGAGAGGUUGUUCCUCAGUCGAAAGCUGUCAAUGGUGCAAUUUACGGAGUUGUGCUCAACACGUAUAUUGAAAAGCUCAGGUCCUUCUGUCAAAAGACCAAACUGCCACAGUAUAAGUAUUUGAAAAGGCAGAUUGCGUUUAUUAAGAAGCUCACCAGCUUGGUGGAGAAGAUUCGAACAACAUUCAAGAGAAAUGAGGCAACAGCAAAGAAGGUCCAGUUCCUCAGAGAGUACCUUGCAGACCCUCUGAAUGAAAUGCUUCUGUUUCCUGACCCUUUCCCACUUCCACUCGAUCCAUCCGUCAUCAUUUGUGGAUGCCAUCCAGAAGAGUCUUCCGUUUUCAAGUCUUCUUUGGCACCACUUAAAAUUACCUUCAAAACAAUAACCAACUUCAAGGAACGCCUGUUGUCAUCGCAUUCCUCCCAAAUCUUCGGGGGAACCAAGAAACACAAGUAUGGAAAGUACCUGCUCAUGUUCAAGAUUGGAGACGACUUGCGUCAGGAUCAAUUGGUCAUCCAGAUCAUCAACCUCAUGGACCAGCUUUUGAAGAACGAGAAUUUGGACUUGAAGCUCACUCCAUACAAGAUUUUGGCAACAAGCCCAGUCGCUGGUCUCAUUCAGUUUGUGCCCAAUGAAACGCUAGAUGCGGUUUUAUCUGCAACAUAUGACAAUGCUGCUCCUAGCCAAAGUGCCACUACAGCAAAUGGUAUUCUUCGGUACCUCCAACUUCACAGCAGAAUGUUACACCACGAAGAACCGGAAUCACAGAGUGUUCUCGGGAAAAAGAAAAAUAGCAUACCCCUGCAAGAUCAGGAACAUGCUGUUUCCAGUGAUUUAGGCAUUUCGCCAACUCUCAUGGACAACUACGUGAAGUCAUGCGCUGGUUAUUGUGUUAUUACCUAUCUUCUCGGUGUGGGCGAUCGACACUUGGAUAAUUUGCUUCUUUCACCCAACGGCAAAUUUUGGCACGCCGAUUUUGGCUAUAUUCUCGGUAGAGACCCCAAGCCUUUCCCACCAUUGAUGAAGCUUCCUAUCCAAGUGGUUGACGGAAUGGGCGGAAUGACCCACGAGAACUUCAACAUCUUCAAGAACUACUGCUUCAUCACGUACACGACGCUCAGAAGAAACAGCAACUUGAUUUUGAAUCUCUUCCAGUUGAUGUUGAAUGCGAAUAUACCUGAUAUCCAGAUCGAUCCAAAACGUGCGGUGGAGAAGCGUCAACGCUUUCUUGCCGGUUGUCAUUGA